CAACACUUUAUCUUCGCAGUAGUGCUCGCAGCGCGCAGUUGUUCAGUUCGGAUUCGUUUAAAAUACUAAACAAUUCGCUUUCAACAGCUCGAGGCAGAAUGAGAUCAUUCAAGUUGAUAACUUCCACGGCUGUUGCUGUUUUACUAGCCUAUUUGGUGACCUUGUCGUCUCAGCAAGAUAUCACCAAACUGCCCGACAUCGAAGGUUACAAACUACACUGCAUCGAAGCAAGCGGUAUUACGGAAUCUUCUGCCAAAAAGCUGCAGAGUGGAGAUGAGAUCGCCUCCCCCGAUCAACCCACCAAGUGCUACGUGCAAUGCUUCUUUCAACGAUUGCGUCUGAUGAACGAAAAAGGCGAAGUGCAGAAGGAUAAAUUGACCCAGUUCCUGACCAAGGUGGUGGAGGAAGAACAAGCGAAGAAGCUGGUGGAAAAAUGCGAUACACGUCGGACAAAUCCGUGCGAUACGGCGUACGACAUGUUUGUGUGCUACCGAAAGAAUAAGGCUAAAUUAUUGUAAACGUGUAAAUUUGCUACCGAUGAAAUACUCAAAGUAAAUGUUUUUUUUCCAUA